GACGGACCGAAUGAAAAAUAUCUAAAUUCUGAUAGCGAGGCGGGGGCAUCCCCUUUUCAGUCACGCAAACAUCAAGCUCAUCCCCCCGAGCUUCGGCCAGCACGUCCAUUUCACUGCACACAAUACAUACACCAUAUCGGUACCUGGUACCGUAGCAUCUUCCUUCCCACAACAGCAGAGCAGAGUGCGUAGCAGUGAACCAAACAAUGGCACACCGGAGACGAGGAGUCGGUGUCGGACGAACAAGGGCCGGAGCCUCCCGCCCCGGGGGAUCGGUUCCCGCCUCGGGGCAGCGCAGGACAUCGUCGGCGGCUAUGCCGUCGUCGCAGAUGCAAAUACAAAUGCCACAGACCCAAGACGACCGGUUGCAGAAAAAGGCCGACGAGAUGCACGCCCUGUCGAUGCAGAGCGCCCUGGACACGGUGGAGAAGCUCCAGGUCAAGCUCGCCGACUUUGCCAAGAAGCACCAGUCGGACAUCCAGGACGAUCCCGCCUUUCGGCAGCAGUUCCUGCAGAUGUGCGCCCCCCUCGGGGUCGAUCCCCUGGUCUCCCAGAAGGGCUUUUGGGCCAAGACGCUGGGGGUCGGGAUCGGGGACUUCUACUACGAGCUGGCCGUCAAGGUGGCAGAGGUUUGCUUCUCGACGCGGUCCAAAAACGGGGGGAUCAUGGCGCUGGCGGAGGUUUGCGACACCCUGAAUCGCAACAAGGCCCGGCGGAGCAGCAGCAGCAGCAAGCGAAAGUCCGGAAAGAAAGACCAGCUCUACAGCAAGGGCGAUAUUGCCGUGGCCGUCAAGAAACUGGCCACGCUCGGGGGUGGAUUUCGCAUCGUCACGGUCGGAACGUCGGACAUGAUCGUCAGCGUCCCGACCGAGCUCGACCAGGACCACGUCGAGAUCAUGGCCCUGGCCCAGGACGGCGAGGGCUGCGUGGCGGUCGAGAACGUGACCCGGCAGCUCCGCUGGAACGAGGACCGCGUCGAGCGCGCCCUGGCGCUCCUGCUGCAGGAAGGCAUGGUUUGGAAGGACGAUUACCACGGGAUCUCCUUCUAUUGGUUUCCCAGUGUGUGGAAGGAGAAGAUGGCCAUCGAGGCGGGGGCGCAAUAAAGGGUACGACAACUUUUAGAUCACGACGAAACAGAAGGAGUGAUUCGUCAAGAAUGAAAAAAGGUUCAUGCAGUUCCGAUGGAAAGACAUUUGCAACCGUGAAGAUUGUUUGUGGUGUAACGCUUUAGAAAUAACCCACCAAACCAUGUCUCCGGCUGCCAUGGCACGUGUUGAAUUUCAGGUGAAGUUUUCGGAUGCAGAUCAGAACAAAUUAUUCGCCAUCACCAUGUGUAACGUAUCUGAUGGAACACGCACCAUCCCCAAAUCAUCCUACCCACACUGCCUUUCGCGUCGUCUUCCCGUGGGAUAUAACAUGAUAAUAAUGCAUUUCGGUUGAGACAACGAGCGGCACCGAAAUUAGGUUGCUUGGAUCUAAUGAAGAUACAGAAGAUGUUGUAAUACAACCAGCAAACGAAUCGAAGAGACUUGCAAGGCUCCCGAACUAUCACAAAAACUGAGCUUUAAAACAGAGUAGCCGUCUUCAAUGAAAAAUUGCAAAACUCGAUUAGGAGCACGUUUUUAUAUAGACGGUGAGAAGUACUAUAUCAAAGUGCUAUGGUUGUUGUAGUAACAAAUUAUUGUUUGAUAA